GGUUCGAGGAGUACAAAUGCAGGGCGGCUUGCUUUAUGAAAGUAGAGGUGAGAAAGAGACAAGCACUGACCUUUGAAUCCGUGCGAUGGUGGUAGAGAUAGAGAUGAAACUUCAUACAAAUCAGUGAGACUUUCAGAGGAGCUCACCGGCUUUUCUGACCAGAUCUCUCGGUUCCAAGCCACCUUCAGCCGUUGACGUCACCGUUAGGAUCAUGGCGGCGAUGCCAAGCGCGGCGCCGUUAGUCAGCCCGGUGGCGGUGGUGGGCCCGCAGUUUUGCGCGCCGUACCCGGUGGAUCUCACCGUCACGAAGAAGGCCAUCAGCCUGUCGGACGGCGACUUCGCCGUCACGGACGUGAACGGAACCGUGGUGUUCAAGGUGAAGGGCACUGUUUUCAGCAUCAGGGACCACCGUGUCCUCCUCGACUCCGCCGGCAAUCCCCUCGUCUCUAUGCAGCAGAAGAUACUGAGUGCACACAGAAGAUGGCAAGUCUAUAGGGGAGAGAGCUCCGACUCAAAAGACCUACUAUUCAGCGUCAAGAAGUCAUCGCUCAUCCAAUUCAAAACCGAGCUCGAUGUGUUCUUGGCUGCUAACACCAGUGAGCAAGCUUGUGACUUCAAGAUCAAAGGGAGCUAUUUUGAGAGAUCAUGCACCGUUUCUCUUGGGGAGUCUAAUACCAUCAUAGCCCAAAUGAGUCGGCAGUAUACGGUUAAAAACUUAGUUCUUGGGAAGGACACGUUUGGGGUGACCGUCUAUCCAUACGUGGACCAUGCCUUCGUCGUGGCUCUCAUCGUGAUUCUUGAUGAGAUUAAUAAAGACAGAGAUGGCGGAGAUUGAUGUCGGUUUACAUGUCGUGGACUCUGUGUCAAUAAUAAUAAAUGUCUGGAUUUUUAUCAUCUUUUACUCAAAAAAAAUAAAUAAAUAAAUAUCUGGACUUUAUGAAGUGUUGCAGAGUAUCUAUAACUUUGAGAGAAAAUAUUGUAAUCUGAGCUUCUAUAAAUAAAAAAUAGGCUUAUCCUA